AAUUCAACAAAUGUAUUGGAUGAAGUUACAUCUACAUGAACAAUAAUGAAGGAUGAACAACCAGAAAUAGGAGAUCUGAAAGACUUUCUGAUCAAAGCAGGCCAAGGAGUGAAAGGUUUAUCAGAGAUGGAAAUUACAGACUUGCCAAAACAAUACAUACAACCUCAAUCAGAAAGACUCUGUAACAUGAAAACCGUUGAAGAAACAUCGAUCCCCAUAAUCGACGUUUCCAAUUGGGACGAUCCAAAUGUUAUAAAAUCAGUAUGUGGUGCUGCUCAGAAAUGGGGAUUCUUUCAUAUCAUCAACCAUGGUGUGCCACUUGAGGUUCUUGAGAGUGUGAAGAAAGCAACUAUCAUGUUCUUUGCGUUGAAACCGGAGGAAAAGAGGAAGUAUUUCAAGGAGAAUUCUUCGAGCAAUCAUGUUAGGUUAAGUACUAGCUUCGUUCCCGAGGCUGAGAAUGCUUUGGAAUGGAAGGAUUACCUUAGCCUGUUUUAUGUUGAUGAUGAUGAAGCUCUUGCUAUCUGGCCUGCUAUUUGCAGGGACCAACUUCUGGAUUACAUGAAGAACUGCCAAGUUCUGAUAAAGUCCCUUCUGCAAGUCUUGAUGACAGGACUCAACAUUCAUGAGAUCAAUGAGAAAAAUUGGUCACUUCUUGCAGGGUCCAAAAGGAUUAAUCUCAACUUCUACCCAAUAUGUCCGAAACCCGAACUUACAGUGGGAGUAGGGCGGCACUCUGACGUAUCCACAUUCACGAUCCUCCUGCAGGACGAUAUUGGCGGACUCUAUGUUCGAGCACCCGACGAAGAAGGCUGGGCCCACGUGCCGCCUAUUCCCGGGGCACUGGUGAUAAACAUUGGUGAUGCCCUGCAAAUCAUGAGCAAUGGCAAGUACAAAAGCAUUGAACACCGUGUUAUAGCGAAUGGAAGUAAAGACAGGAUAUCAAUUCCCCUGUUUGUGAACCCUAAGCCAAGUGAGGUGAUUGGACCUCUAGAGGAAGUGUUGGAAGAGAGUGAUGAGAAAGCUAAAUAUAAGAAGGUGUUGUAUUCUGAUUACACUUUGUACUUUUACAGGAAGGCUCAUGAUGGAAAGGCUACCCUUGAAUUUGCUAAGAUAUGAUCAGAAACUAAAUAUAUAAAGAAAUUUAAGGUUACUUGUUAAAGAUCAAAAAGUUUGGAUACACAUUUUUUUAUUUAGUUCUCGAUUGGUAGUUCAAUGUUAUGUAUUAGAACAAGAUAUAAAGCUUAUGUUACAAACACCUGUGUAUCAGUGAUAAGAAAGUAAUAAAGAUACCCAGUCAAGCAGAAGAUAUGUACCAUAUAUUCAAGCAGUCUGCCUGGGAAAAUUCAGGUAAUUUAUCAGAUUAAACAAGUGAAGGAAUUAGCAAACGCAGCUUUCUUAAUCUUAUGUUUGCAUGGUAAAGAAAAUUACAUGUAUGCCAUCAUUACUUCUGAUGCAGUAAAGAACUUAUUAACCUGUUGCAGAAUUGGUGAACUACUUAAUAAUAACCCCAGUUUCCUACUCAAUAUACCAGUAUAAACAAUUCUCAACAUCUGAUAGACAUAUAUGCUAACUGAUAUUGAUAAGCAGCUUGUUGCUUCAAAUCCUACUUCGUACUGAUAGCUCUUGCUUUACCUGAUCUCUUAAUACCCGUCUCAGUAAUUUGUUUGUGACAGUUCGUGGAAACUCCAGAAGAAUUUUUACUAAACUCACCU